AUGUUUUGGUGUGGGACUAGUUUUGUUACCAAUAAUAUGAAAGGCUCUGAGUUUAGCCCGGAAAAUAAAAAAAGGGUUAAAAUACCAGCGAGGAGACUUCGUGAGGUAGUUUCUCCAAAUCAGGGAGAUAGUUUGGCUUUGCUGAAAGAUGAGUUGCCCUGUGUUCCUCCAGCGUUGUCUGCAAAUAAACGCCUUCCUGUUAGAACCGAGGCUAGCUUGAAUGGAACGUUACGUGGUUCAUCAGACUUGACUUCUGCUAGAAAUUAUCAGCAGCCUCCAUUAGAAAAUUCUACUGGGUCAGAAAGUGAUUUUUCUAAAGAUGUUGCAGUACAAGGAUUGCCUUUGGAGAAACUGGAAGAGAGCAACAAACAAAAAGCAAAUGACAUCUUUAUUUCUCGGUACACCAUGGGACAGAAGGAUGCUCUAAGAGCAGUUUUAAAGCAAAAAGCUCAAAACAUGCCUGUUUUUAAGGAAGUAAAGGUACAGCUUUUAGAAGAUGCAGGCCCAGAAAAGGACGCUGCUACUCAGGAGGCGAGAAUUUCACCCAGUGGAGUUGAUUCAGCUACAACUGUGGCCGCAGCGACUGCAGCUGCCAUUGCUACGGCAGCCCCACUGAUAAAAGUGCAGAGUGAUUUGGAAGCAAAAGUCAAUUCUGUUACAGAAUUACUCAAUAAGUUACAGGAGGCUGAUAAACAGUUACAACGUGUUACAGAGCAGCAAACAAGCAUUCAGAAUAAACAUGAGAAACUACAUUGUCAUGAUCAUGAAAAGCAAAUGAAUGUGUUUAUGGAGCAGCACAUUAGGCAUCUUGAAAAAUUACAACAGCAACAAAUAGAUAUUCAGACUCAUUUCAUUAGUGCUGCGCUCAAGACCAGUAGUUUUCAGCCUGUUGCUACGCCCCCUUCUAGAGUGAUGGAAAAGUAUUCUGGAAAACCAGACUUUUCUAAUCUUGGUAGCAGUGAUCUAUCUUCACAGAACACAUUUGCUUCCAAACAAGCACCUUCUGGAGAGGUUGAAGAUAUGGGUUUUGAUAAACAGAAAUCUCCUUUGGAGACACCAGCACCUCGCAGGUUUGCUCCUAUACCUGUUUCAAAGGAUGAUAAAAUAUCAAAGAGGGAAAAUCCUAAAGAAGAAAAAGAAAAUAUGGAGAUGUCAGGUCAUACAGGAAAUGUAAGACUGUUGGAACAGAUUUUGAAUAACCAUGAUUCUUUGACAAGAAAAAGUGAAUCUUCAGAUAAAACCGUACUAACUAGGUCAAAAAUAGGAUGGAAUCCUGAGAAGAGAGACAGAUUUCCUUCCUGUGAAGAACUAGGAGCAGCCAAAUUGCCUGUACAGAGGUCUGAUGAUUUUCUUCAUGAUCCUGGCCAAAAGAGGAAAGAAACAAAUGGUAUACUCCAGCCAAAAGAAUCUCUGAUUAUGUCAAGGCUUGCUGAUCUUCCACAGAAUUCCAUUAAGCUUCAAACAGCCAAUAAAAGAUCCAUCUUGAAAGAUGCUGAGAAGAUUUUGAGAGGAGUACAAAACAAUAAAAAAGUCCUUGAAGAAAACCUGGAAGCUAUUAUUCGUGCAAAAGAUGGUGCUGCCAUGUAUUCAUUUAUCAAUGCUCUGUCUACUAAUAGAGAGAUGUCAGAGAAGAUCCGGAUCAGAAAGACAGUGGAUGAGUGGAUUAGAACUAUUUCUGCAGAAAUUCAGGAUGAACUGUCAAGAAAAGAUUACGAACAAAAGAGAUUUGAUCAGAAGAAUCAAAGGACCAAGAAAACUCAGAAUAUGAGUAAAGAUAUUAAAACUAACAUGCAAGACAAAACAGUAAACAAUUCUGUAAUUCAAAGAAAAUGUUCUCAAAAACAAAAAGAAGAGGGUUUUAGAAAUCCACCCAUGAGGAGCAUGCCUGCUUCAAACCUACAGAAAGAGAGAAAAGAGGGAUUUUUGAAAGCAACCACAGUGGUACAAGACGAGGAUUUUAUGUUACAAAUUUAUGGAAAACCAAUUUAUCAGGGCCAUCGCAGCACUCUUAAAAAAGGACCGUAUCUCCGAUUUAAUUCUCCAUCUCCUAAGUCCAAACCCCAGAGACCAAAAGUAAUAGAACGAGUUAAAGGCACUAAAGUUAAGUCAAUAAGAACACAAACUGACUUUUAUGCAACAAAACCUGUGAAAAUGGAUUCCAAACCACAACAUCCCGUGACUGCUGUGCUUCCUUCUGGUGAUCAGCAGUACUUGUUCAGCCCAAGCAGAGAAAUGCCUACUGUUUCAGGUACACUGGAAGGUCAUCUAAUUCCUAUGGCCAUUCUUUUAGGACAAACCCAAAGUAAUAGUGAUUCCAUGCCACCCCCUUCAGUAAUUGUAAACAAGCCACACCCUGUAACAGUGACUACUUCUAUUCCUCCAUCAUCUCGAAAAACGGAAAUUGGAAUAAAGAAACCUAACAUCGCAAUUAUAGAAAUGAAGUCGGAAAAAAAGGAUCCUCCUCAGCUUACUGUACAGGUAUUACCCAAUGUGGAUAUUGAUAGCAUUUCGAAUGGUAGUGCUGAUGUCGAUCUAUCUGUGCCUAGUCCCAAAGAAGCAUGUCCUCCUCUGAAAACCUUGACACAGACCCCAGAACUUAUGAAGGUAGAUGAAGAAGAGGUGGAGUUUCCGGGAACGAGCUUUGAUGAAGUAAUUGAUAUCAUACAGGAAGAGGAAAAACGUGAUGAAAUUCCAGAAUACUCUGAACCAGUUCUGGAGUUUAACAGAAGUGUUAAAGUUGUUUCUACAAAAUAUAAUGGUCCUCCAUUCCCGCCAGUUGCUUCUACUUUUCAGCCUACUACUGAUGUUCUAGAUAAAGUAAUUCAGAGAAAAGAAACAUUGGAAAAUAGCUUAAUUCAGUGGGUAGAACAAGAAAUAAUGUCAAGAAUUAUCUCUGGGCUCUUUCCCAUCCAACAACAGGCCAUACCUAAUGUCAGUACUUCAGUCAGUGAGACAAGUGAACCAUUGACUUCUGACAUCGUGGAAGGAACAAGCAAUGGUGCCCUCCAGCUUUUUGUUGAUGCUGGGGUUCCUGUGAAUUCAGACAUGAUUAACCAUUUUGUGAAUGAGGCUCUUGCUGAGACCAUUGCUGUCAUGCUGGGUGACAGAGAAGCAAAGAAGCAAGGUUCUGUUGCUGCAAGUGUUUCUGGGGAUGUUUCAGCAAGCAACACAUACUUGCCGGCAAGAGUAUGUACCCCAGUGGCUACCCCACAGCCAACUCCUCCUCACUCACCUUCAUCACCUCCUAAGGAGCUUGUGUUAGUAAAAACUCCAGAUUCUUCUCCCUGUAAUUCAGAUCAUGAUUUAGCUAUUCCUGCAAAAGAAAUACUUGCUGAAAAAGGAAAUGAUACGCCUGCCAUCACACUUGUUAAUACUCCAGCGGUUACCCCUACUAUGACACCUUCUCCUGCAGCAGCUUUUUCCCCAACUUUGUCAGAGAUUUCCAUCGAUAAAUUGAAGCUGUCAGACCCAGAGCUUCCUAAGCCAUGGAGUGAUGGAGACCUGCCACUGGAAGAAGAGAAUCCUAACUCUCUUCAAGAAGAACUUCACCCAAGAGCUAUCGUAAUGUCUGUGGCCAAGGAUGAAGAACCUGAGGGUGUGGAUUUCCCUGCUCAGCCUGCAUCUCCAGAACCUCCAGUUCCAUUUACGCUACUUCCUCCUGGCACCAAGGCCCCUUCCCCCACACAGAUGCCAGGUUCUGAUUCAUCAACAACGGAGAGCACCUUGAGCAUUACUGUCACUGAAACCGAGACUUUAGAUAGACCCAUCUCUGAAGGAGAGAUUUUAUUUAACUGUGGUCAAAGAGUGGCUCCCAAGAUUUUAGGAGAUGAAGGACUGUAUUUGAUGAACCUAAAUGAUAGCUUAUCCAGUACUCUGCAUGAUGCCCUUGAAAUGGAAGAUGAUCCUCCCAGCGAAGGACAAGUAAUUAGGAUGCCCCAUAAAAAAAUUCAAGCAGAUGCAAUUCUUUCUCUUCUUGCUAAACAGAACCAGGACUUCUUGGUUUCACAGCAAGCAGUCUAUCAUUCAGAGGACUUGGAAAACAGUGCAGGUGAACUUAGCGAAGGACAAAGGCCCAGGCUGACAGCAGCAGUAGAGAACAUCUUACUGGGACAUUCUGUCUCUAUGCAGCCACCUGCCACGAAUGCAGAGUCUUUGGAUCAGAAAUGUGCUCCUAAGCCAUUAUCUCAACAAUUUGACACAGUUACAGGUGGUGGUUAUGAAGAUUCAUGUGCUAGUCAUGGUCCAAUGAGUUUGGAAGAAUUGGAAUUGCAGCUGAAUUCUAACCCUGCCCUUCCCACAACACUUUUCACAGCACAAAAAAAUGAUGUUAUGUUAUCAGGAGCUACUGAAGAUAUUUCUUCAUACCAACAAAAGCAUGACCAAGAUGUUAAGCAAGUUGAAUGUAAGCCAGCACAAAGUCGUUUAAUACGUGUAAGAAAUAAAUCUGAUACUUCACUUUCACAGCAACAAGUUAGCCCAAAUGAAAUGGAUCAGACACAAAUUGAGCCCAAUCUGUACCUUGCAUCUGUAUUUACAGGGGGUAAAGCGGUACCACUUCUCACUUCGCAGACGUCACCCACCAAGAUGUCUGUGACGCUGCCCUCAGUGACACUGGAGGAUUGUUCUCAGUCUCUGAGCAUUAGCCCUGUUCAGGGGGGCACGGAGUCAUCAGGAGCAGAUACCUUCUGAAAGGGAAGUGAGAGCCAGCAUAAUAGUUGUGCCACUGGUUGUGAAGUCAUUUUUCUCAAGCAUAAAACCAUGUCUCAAACUAUUUGGGGU